GUUUGUUUUACCCUUUGCUCUCAUUCUGUCCAACACUGAGUCCCCAGCAGUUCUUAUGAAGAUGACUCUAACAGGGAUAUUUUUCAUCCUUGCUGGGAUUAUCUACACAGAGGCGAUGGAUGUAGCUGUGGAUGUUGCUCUGAAUGGAUGCACAGACACAGAUGGAGAGAAAAUGUUUGGACUGGAUGGGGAAGAGAUGGCUCACUCAGACUGGAAGGCUGGAAAGUUAGUGAUGACACUGCCUAAGUUUGCUGAUCCAUUUGGAUAUGUGGAGGGCACAUAUGAGAGUUCAAUUGCACAGAUACAAACCUGCAGGGCGAACUUGGCACUAAACAUACAAGCAAACAAAAACCCAGCAGUGGCAGAGGGUGACCCCCCCAUGAGCUCCAUCUACCCCAAAUCUAAAGUGAAGGUGGGAACUGAGAACUCUCUCAUCUGCUACAUCACUGCAUUCUACCCGCCCCGGCUCAACGUGACCUGGACCAGGAACAACAAGAUGAUGACUCAGGGAGUGAGCACCAGUCAGCUGCGGGUCAAUCUUAAAGAUGGCACCUACACCAUGAUCUCCACCCUGCAGUUCACCCCUCAGGACGGGGACAUGUACACCUGCACUGUGGAGCACUCGGCACUGGACCAGCCCAUGACCAGAGAGUUCGAUGUGGAGGUGCCUUCUGAGCCCAGUCUUGGUCCAGCAGUGUUCUGUGGAGUGGGUCUGACUCUGGGGCUGCUGGGAGUGGCUACCGGAACAUUCUUCCUCGUCAAGGGAAACCAGUGCAACUGAAACUGCAGUCAACUGUCACUUUCUAUUCAUUCCUGUCAAAUCAAUGAAAUGUAGUUAAAGCACAAUUCCUUCCUCGUCAAGGGAAACCAUUGCAACUGAAUCUGUACUCUGUUGUGGUUGUCAAUUGUUCCUAUCAGACACAUAGAUUUUCCAGAUUAAAAAGUUUCUGACAUAAUCAGUUUGGUUCUGGCUUGGCAAAUGUCAUUAUUCUAAAAGAACAGAUAUUCACUCUGGAAAAUCACCUGAAGCAGUAAAGGGUCACAGCAUCACAUCUGUAAAUUGAUAUAUUUCACAAAUCUUUUUUUUGUACUGGAUUUUUUCUGUCUGUUAAAUUAGUUUUGUAGUUAUGUGACAUACAGUAACUCAUAGCAUGUAGUAAAUAAACUUAAUAUCAUAAUUGUC